CUCCACAACUCUCAGAUCCGGCUCUCCUCCUCACAAUCCCUCCCUCGCUCUCUCCCUUCGCAUUCCAUGGUGGACUGUAGUAGUCGUGGCGGUAGUAGUUGGAGGCGCUGGAGCCCGCUUGCAGUGGAAUUUGGUGUGCGCAAUGUCUGUGCUAGAGCGCUCGGUAGGGUUGCGGAGAGUGAUUUUGGAGUAUCCUUUAGAACCCGUGAGCGUGUUUCGGUGAAUUUGCCAUCGUAGCUUACGCCUGAUUUUACUGAGAGUAGUCAUGACAUGAAUUAUUCGUAUUGUAGUAGGAACGCUGCCUUGAGAAUUCAGAAGUUGGGAGGAUAUUGUAAUGUAAUCCGGUGCUCCACGCGUAUUUUAUGUGGAGCGACUUCUUUGCUCUAGGAUAGUUUGGAUUGUGUAGAUUUGUGAAGACUAGGAAUGAAGUUGCCGCGUUCAGGGACAGGUUAAUUGUGGAGGUUUUCUAGUCUGACACGGAAGUUAUACGAGGAAUUUAAGCUCCUGAAGGUUCUGUCGUAACCUCGUAAUUCUUCUUCUCUUCGACAAAGGUCUUUUGCGUUGACCUGCAGUCGGUCGCGCUUAGGGGGUUCAAAUUUCCAUGUAUCAUGCGAAAUUUGCGGUGGUGAAUUGGAAUUUUUGGACCGUGCGGUGGGAAGCUGCAAUGUGGUGGCUCUGCUUGCAACCCAGAGCCUGAACCUCUUCAUUCUGAUGGCCACUCGGACAUGUUGUACUACGAACUCAAAAAUGCAUGUCAGUGUUAAAUGAGGCCACGGCGGAACUGACGCACAGUGAGACUGGUCAGUGCGAAGGUAGGUAGGAUGGUUGGCCCGGAAAGCGCCAUGGCGAGAUGUGACCCGAGCCUCGAGAAAGAGAAUCUUGUUCCCCGGAUUCACAAGCCUGAACCCGGAUCAGGUGGAGUAGUCCUCACUCGAACCAGGGGAUUAACAACUUGCGAACAUAAAUCCCAUACCGCCUUGAAAGAGUCGUCUUUAAACAACCAGACCCCCGUAGCCGCGACCUUGUGCAAAGUAAAAUUUGGAUCUACCGAGAAGGGUGGACUGAAGAACUUCGCUGAUGAUUGUUAUGGUGGAAAGCAAUCUGGUAGGUCCCUCGAACAACUGAGGGAAAAAUUAGGGCAAUUGAAGAACGUUGGCGCUCAGAAGCAGACAACUCACAAAACUGUGUCGACACCGGAACAUCAUUCCGGCGAAUUGCACUUUCGCGGUUAUACACCAAAUGCUUUCGAAUCAUCUGUUCAUGUGUACAAGGAUGAGGAAGUCUCAAAUUCUGGAGUCACUCCAAAGGAGGUUUUGAAUGCAGCAAGUCAAGGACGUAAGCGCGAGAAGAACAUAAGCAGUGUAUUAACGCCUGCCCUAGGGCAUGUGGAGAGUUUAGCAGAGGAUAACUACGAUGCAUGUGGUAAACAGGUUUCUCCUUCAACGCCGUUAAUGUCUUCAAUGGUGGAAGGUCGCCUUGUUCACACCAAGUCAGAUAGCGGAGGGGUUAUCACUGCUGACAAGGAAUCUGCCAUUAGCUCUCUAGCUGGAAACGAGGGGAAAUGUGCUGCGGACCAUAACUCGCAGAGAAAAACUUCUGUUGCUGGUGAAACUGUACGGAAUGCCAGCCCUCGAGAGGAAGAAGCGGAGAUCAAUCACGAUGGUUCUGUAGAGCGCCGAAGUGCCUUUGCAAAUAAAAUAUUUAAGCGUGUAAAAGGCUCUAGUUACGGUCCAGCAUUGAGGGUACGCAGGGAUGAUCCAAGGGCUUAUUCUAAAGAUGACCACAGUCCUGGCUCUGAGAAAUCAGCGGAUAAUGUUGAGAUGAGCAGUCCAAAGGUGCCGCAUGGAUCGACAAAGACGGAUCAUCACAGCAAUACACAACCAAGUGCACCUGCUUCAUCGGCGGCUGGAACUGUUUCAUCCAAUAAAAGCAAUACAGGGUCAAACCAUAAUGUAGCACUACCAACGGACGAAGACUAUUUAAAUGAGAACCGGAAGCGAAAAGCUGAUGCUGAUCCCUCUGUUAUCGAUUCCUCUCUAGUUCUCACCGGAGUGGCCACUGAUCAACAUUCGUCCGUGGUCAACGCCUUGGAAGAUUACGAAAGUGUGAUGAAAGGGGGUAAGACAGUCGAGCGAGAACGUGGACGGGGGAGGGGAUUGACAGUGAGAGAGACGGGAGCAGAGUUCGAUGCAUCGGAGCAACUUGGCGAGAAGUGGUCUCAGGAUGCCGCCGGGCAUCCUCCUGUAGUUUCCUGCGCGAAAGCCACUACUGGUCAUGACAGAGAGCCUUGGGCUUGGAAAUCAUCAAGGGAUUUACGAUCGGUGGCCCUCACAUCACCUAAUUCUUCUGAGCAGUUAAAGUCGGCAAAAAUUAUUGGAGGCCUUCCACCUCGCUGUACUCCCUCGAGUUUAGGAUCGCGGGACGGAAAAAUAGAAGCGAAUGGUUCCCCUCUAUCGAAUGGUCCCAAAUACCAAUCUGCUGUUCUAAAGCAGGUGAACGAAGCAGUCAAAAGUGAGUUAAUUAAUGGACUCGUUCCUCCCUCAACCAAUCAUGUGAAAAGCGUUGCUUCUACCGAUGACCAUGUAGUUAACCAUCUGUCCAACUCUUUCAGUUCCAUCAGUAUAGGUGAAAGGAAUGCUUCUGGGUCGAUUUGGAAAACUUCAACACAUGCCAGAACUCCAACUCCCUCUUCUGGACACCAGAUGAACUCCGUCCCUCCUGAAAGUACAUCACUUACUGGAGUUAGUGGUAUGACUGGGUUAACUGGAUUGACAUCUCAAAGUGAAGUCUCGCACAAGACUGCUGUGACGUCUUCUCAUGGAGUUGAAUCGCAACAUAGACCUCACAGUGAACCACAUGCCAAGGAGGGGGAUCGCGGAACUGAGAUGUCCGAUCGUAAGGAGCUGUCAAAGGCAACCUCUAGAUCUACAGGAACCUCUCCUGAGGUUCUGGCAAGUGAUAUCCUUGAAGCGCACUCAUCUAAAGCUUGCGACACCCUCAAAGAAAACAAAGAAAAAAAUCAGGAUAAUCCGCCUCACAACCAACAUCCACAAAGAAAGAUGCGGACGGAAACUGAGAACGAGAACUUUGUCUACGUCAACGGAACCCGGUACCAAAAAUUAGGAAAAAUUGGAAAAGGUGGUAGCAGUGAGGUCUUCAAAGUUAUUGCUACCAAUUGUUCCAUAUAUGCUCUCAAGCGUAUCAACUUGAAAGGUCGAGACUGGUCAACUGCACAAGAAUUUUAUCAAGAAAUCAAGUACCUGAAGGCUUUACGUGGGAAACGACAUAUUAUCCAGCUCAUUGACUCUGAGGUCACUAACAAGAAGGUUUUGGAGAAAAGAUGGGAAGGCCGAGAGAUCACAGAAGAAGCUUUUAUCUAUAUGGUACUGGAGUACGGGGAGAUAGAUUUGGCUGGCAUGCUUGCCUCUAAGCGUAAGGAAAUGCAAAUGAUGAAUGAAUCCAAGCUUGACGAGAAUUGGCUUCGCUUCUACUGGCAGCAAAUGUUGGAGGCCGUGAGAACUAUUCAUGAUGAGCGUAUAGUCCACUCUGACUUGAAACCUGCCAAUUUUAUGCUAGUAAGAGGGGAAUUGAAGCUCAUCGAUUUCGGCAUUGCAAAAGCUAUUCAAAACGACACCACCAACAUCGUGCGGGAUUCUCAGGCCGGCACAUUAAAUUACAUGUCUCCAGAAGCAUGUCUACAGAAUCAAACGGAUGAAGAAGGAUUAGAAAUCAAGCAAGGUCGAGCAUCAGAUAUUUGGUCCUUAGGGUGCAUCCUAUAUCAGAUGGUUUACGGGCAUACCCCAUUUGCCGAGCUUUCCUUCUACUCCAAAAUUCAAGCCAUCACGAAUCCACACCACAAAAUCAAUUAUCCAGCUGUGACAAGUCCUUGGUUGCUGGAUAUCAUGAAAAAGUGCUUAACCUGGGAUCGCAGAAAACGAUUACGUAUCCCAGAGCUUCUCGAGCACCCAUUUUUACAGCCACAUUUAUCUCCAUUUUGCGCUAGAUGUGAGCAGUUAUCCGCAAGAAUGACUAGCUCAGAGAGGAAACAACUUGUUGAUCAAUUUCUCUCAAGUUAUGAGAAUUGGGGACAAAGAUACGCAUCCCGUAAUUCUGCACCGUGUGGUCAGGGAUCUCCUACUUAGAGACCCACUCCUGAAUUAGGUAGGCGUAAGCAAAGACCAGCAUUUUCAGUCCAUACUGAUUAGUUGUGGGGCCAUAAGGCACGCUGGAGCAAAGGGCAUCUCUGCUUAUAGAAUGAUACAACUCUGCAGGUGACAUCGAGGUCCCUGAGAAUACCAGAAACGAAGAGAUCGAGAUAGUGGUUUUCGAGACAGGAAACAAUUAUUACACCAGAUCUGCCGCCGUCAGAUCAGAGAGUGCUGCCGCAUUUCUGAAGAUCAAGUUUAAGAUCACUGCGUGUUUUAGGAUUUAAGCGAGACAACUUGCUAGUAUCUCUUCUCUGAUAAGAUCUUGCAUGAGUGAUCGAAAAAAGUCGAUAAGUACAUAGUGUGCCUCAAUUCUACUCCACUCCUCGUGGAUCAUCCGCUAACUCACUGCAUCUUCCAGCAGACCAUAGUACUGCGUUUGUAAUUGAGUUGUUAGUGCCAUCCACCUCGUAUGUGGAUGUAGCUGCCAUUUACAGAGUACUGGUUUGAUGUUCAUAUCUGUGCGACGUUUGGAACUAUUGUUCCUCUUGAUAGUUCACACUAGGCUUGAUAAAUUUGUGUUCAUGGAAAAUUUCACGACUGCUUGUGAGGUUGACAGGUUCUGUAAACGUAGACUUUAAAUAUCGGAAUCAACCGGAGCAAAGGGUUAAGUGGCACCUCUACAGCCAAUUCUUCAUGAGCUCCAACGCAAUUCCGGAUGUUCUCUGAGAAACUAAGGACCAGCCUGAGAAAUUAUUUUCUUCUA